AUGUCGGCAAAGACAGAGAAGAAAGUUGUGUUGGUCACUGGUGCUAAUCAAGGCCUCGGCUUCGAAAUCAUCCACGUCGCCGCCCUCAGAGAACCAGAGUCAAUCUACAUCCUCGGCUCCCGCUCCCUCGCAAAAGGCCACGAAGCCGCGCAGGAACUGAAAGAUCUCGGCGUCAAGAGUGAAGUAGUUCCCGUUAAACUCGACGUCACAGAUGACGGCGAUAUCCAAGCCGUGCUCGAUCUCAUUACCUCUACUUACGGAAAACUCGACGUACUAAUAAACAACGCCGGCAUAUCCCCGCUCGCGCACCCGCCCAGCUCCCCCACUUCCCUCCCCUCCCUGCGAGAAGCAUACACCUACCUCCUCAACACGAACCUAAUCUCCGUGUACAUCAUCUCGAAAGCCCUGCUCCCCCUGCUCCACGCAGCCAAAGACCCCAAGGUGAUAAACAUCACAAGCGGGCUGGCGAGCAUGGAGUUUAACCUCAAAGCGGCGUUUGUGCGCGGGCUGAGGAGUUUGGAGUAUGGGAGUAGCAAGGUGGCGUUGAAUGGGGUGACGGUGCAUAUGCAGGCUGCGGAGAACGAUAGGGUUAAGGUAGAAGGUGUGCAGGGGCAUGUGAGGUUUUGGGCUGUGCAGCCGGGGAUUUUGAGGACUGCUUUUAAUGGCUUCAGAGAAGGGGCCAAGAGUCCUGAACAAGGGGCAGAGGUGGCGGUUAGGUUGCUGGUUGAUGGGGAGGAGGGGAAGUAUGUUCUUGGGGGGACGUAUUGGAAGUGUGAUGUUGAUGUUAUGGAGGAGGUUCCUUGGUAG